AGGACAGAACACAUCAGAUCAUAAGCCAAGCAACUUGGGAUCACAGCCAUCGUUUAUAUAUCGUCUCCUACUUCUCAAUGCUUUCUUCAAAAAGAUUCAAAGGUGGUCGGCCCCAUGUUGCAUAUUAACCUAUAACUCAUGAGAGUCAAGAAAACUGUGCUAAGUUUCAGAUAAGUCAGUGGGCAAACAUCAGUUCGAUAUGCCGUCUUAUCUACUUGACAAGCUUGGAUCACUCUUCAGAGUGCAAGAUAAGUGUUAUUUACUGUACCAAGAUCACGGGACGUUUGCUUGUGAUGACGUUUUGAUCAAAGUUUAAUAAACUUAAGACGUUCAUCUGCAAUUCAGUCUUGCCCUGUACUUUUUUGGGAAGGGAGUUAGAAAAUUCUACCGAACAACAAAACUGAAAAUGAAGACGAUUUUGUUUCUUUUGGCUGUGCUGUGCUACACCUCGGCUUACAGAGCGCCAAUCAUGAAUGAAUAUUCCAAGACUGCUAUUCCAAAUGAAUACAUCGUCGUAUUCAAUGAAAGUGCUUCAUCAGAUGCAGUCCUGAAGCACAUGAAAACGCUGCCAACACAUCUGCAUACCACGUCCGACUUCGUCAUUGGGAAAUUUCGAGGGUAUGGAGUAAAAGCCGCAAACAAGAGUCAUCUAGAACAUGUACGUAACGACCCAAUUGUGAAGUACGUCGAGCCAAAUAUGCAGGUUAAGGCAUUUUUAUGUGCGGAACAAAAAGGCGCUCCUUGGGGUUUGGCACGCACCUCAACCUUGAUCCCUGACUCGGACCCGGAAUCAGACUCUGACUCUGACUGGAAAGAGCUCAAUCCAGAUUUAUUAUAUGAACAUGACACUACUGGUGGACAAGACGUAACUGUUUAUGUGAUCGAUACGGGAAUAAGGACAACCCAUGAAGAUUUUACGUACAAUGGCGAACAACAAGCUAAAUGGGGAACAAGCACGGUUAUGGAUCCAGACACCGAAGAAGAUCUAAACGGCCAUGGAACUCAUGUUGCAGGUACAAUUAUAGGCCAACACUAUGGCAUUGCCAAAAGAGCAACAGCGAUAGCCGUACAAGUACUUAAUGCAAAUGGCUUUGGUUCAAAUACGGGUGUUAUUAAAGGUAUGGAAUGGGUUGUAAAGGAGCACCAGAAAGCAGGAAAGAAAACAUCUAUUGCAAACAUGUCCUUGGGAGGCGGCUUUACUCUUGCAAUGAAUGAAGCUGUAGACUCCAUGUUUGCCGCGGGUGUCCUUCUUGUUGCUGCUGCUGGAAAUGAUAAUGCUGAUGCCUGCAAUUACUCACCAGCUAGUGCUGAAAAUGCGGUCACUGUUGGAUGCACUGACAUAAAUGACUCUUCAUGCUAUUUCUCAAAUUGGGGGAAAUGUAAUGACAUCUAUGCUCCGGGUUUAAACAUUGAAUCUACUUGGAUUGAUGGAGACUCAGCAACUAAAACAAUAUCAGCCAGUAAUCUGUUAGAGGUUGAUUACAUGGGAGUUAUUGGAGGUGCUCACCAUGAGGGGGUGGACUUGUGUCUGAAGUAA